CAAACUUGGAAGAGCCAGCCGCCUUUUCACUGGGCGGGAUGUCUUGCAUGAGCCGGCAACCUCGAGGGUUGUGAACCACAAUGGAUACAAAGCGCCUCUUUUGCUGCUCUUGUGAAAAUGCAGAGGAUGAAAGGCAAAAUGGGAGUGCAGAUAUUGGAUUACUUUAUCGAAUAGAUCCAGACGAACAAGAAGACGACAAAGCUAUCGUAGGCGUCGGAGAAACAAAUGAUGAGCUGCAAGUCGCACAGCACCAGCGCCAAGAAUUUACUCGUACGAUGACUGACGAGCAGAAGGACCGAGUGCGAGGCGGCUCGGUCCUGGAUCCAAUCUCUGAGGGCUUAUUCUCUGCCUUGGGCUGGUCUGCUGCCGAUUCCGGCCUGGAUGAAAUCACCAUCGGCUCAGGGAUGGCCUCAGCAUCGCCCUUCCGACCUGAGAACAUGAGAAGCGACAGUCAUGAGGACCAGAAAGACAGCCUUGGUUGGGUGAAUUACAUCCUGGAGUCCACCUGGCCACAUACCCGGAUAACCAUCAAUGACCUGGCGAAGAAGAUUGUGUCGCAAGAGGUGAAGGCAGCCAUCCGAGAACGGAAUCGGCUUGGCUUCAACAUCGACAUCAAUCUCAGAACGCUCUUUGACAUUGGCUCAAAUCCGCCUUCACUGAAAAACGUCGUGGCCACUCACACUCACAGUGGCGCCGGAGGUCAGGAAGGUGUGGAACUUCUAGCCAAUGUCGAGAUGUCCGCGGCCUCAGACUUCCACUUCGAGUUGGCCAUCUCUGGGCGCGUGAGCAAAUUGCCGGUGAACACCUCCGUUGGCUUAUCUAGUUUCAGCCUAUUCGGCAACGUUUGUGUACUGCUGGCCCCGCUGGUCGACAGCGUGCCUAUCUUUGCAGGAGGCAAGGUCUACUUCUUGGAUUUGCCCAACCUGCAUAUGGCCUUUUUUGGGAUGCCUUCAGCCGGAAAGUUGCUUGGACCCAUUCUGGUUGCGGCAGUCCAGACAACAGCGGAACAAAUUUUGCAAUCCUUCGUGGUCCCAGGUGGAAUCUAUGUGCCUAUCGCGCCCAUCCCACCUUCGAACUUGAUUCCGAUUGCCACACCACCUCCGUAUGGUUAUGUUCUGGUCACAGUCUAUCAAGCGCGGGGUGUUUUUGGUGGUGACUGGUCCUUGUUUAGCAAAGAGACCUCAGACCCAUCUGUCACCAUUAAACUUGGUGGCACCUCCUUCAUUACUUCGUAUCACACUAAUACCAGUCAUCCCGUGUGGGACCCACCGGAGAGUGGCUUCCUGCCUCUCUUUCACCAGAACCAGCAGUUGUACAUUGAUGUCACAGAUGUUGACUUGGGUGAUCGCCGAGACCUUCUGGGGCAAUUUUCAGGGACUGUCCAGAAGGUCCACGAACGUCUUCAAGGCAAAGACUGGUUAGAAAUGGAGCUCACCGACAUGGCCAAAGAAGCUGGUGGUGUGAAUCCACCUCCGAUGGAGGUACUUUUGCAGACAGAGUAUUUGGAAGUAGUCAAGCUGAGUCCGGAGAAUGGAAUCCAAGAGGAACUCCCGAAGGGCGAAGUCCAUGAGUUGGGAGGGCCUCGUCAUCUGACCGUGGACUAUGUUCCGCUCUUGAGACUUUGCUCGGUAACGUUGUUCGGAAUAGAGAGCCACGACGACAGAACGCUCAAUGCCUUGCUCUACUCAACUGCGGUAGUCACCGUUGAACCUGGAAAGAAGCCGAAGAACUGGACGAAGGACAAAACGGGUGGACCCAUAUCUCGAGGACUUGAAUCAAUUGGACGGAAGUUGUUCAUGUCUGAUGCAAGCGGUGGCACGCUGAAGCAGCCUCCAAUGAAGAGCAAGAAGGCGAAAGCUUGGGGCUCAGCCCAAGGUGUUGCUCCUACAGGCAAAAACAUGCACAAUGUUGGCGCACAUUCGCAGCUCAUGAUUGAGAGGCUUGCAAUCGACAAGAACAUGACUUACGCAGAAAUUGCAGAAAUUUCAGGCCUCGAAGAGGCACAGGUUCAGUUGGUGGUUGAGAUGCAGCGAACUUUGAACGUCGUUUGGUACCAGUCCUUUCAUCGGUUGCUUGAGUACCCAGGUGGCAAAGUCAGUGUGGAAGUUUUCAAGGAGGACAAACAGUCACUGGGCAAAGUGAUGAUCGGCUUGGAAGAAGUCGAGGUGUCACCAGACAAGAUCUUAAAGGUCAGAAAGCCCCUGUCAGGGCGCAGCGAUUUGAUUUUGGUCUUUGACAUCGAGCUGAAAGGGCUGCGACGCUCGAAGAUGACCCAUCGAAGGGGUCAUAAGAGCUACCAGGAGCCUUCUGGGCAAAACAAGGGCCGCAACAUCAUCACAGCCACAAAGAUCCCAAGCAGACUAGGCUCUUUCAUAAAACGUUCGCGCUCACAGAGUUCCGAGAUCUGAGUAGUUGGAGUAGUUGCAGUAGUUGGAGUAGUUGGCAAACUAGG